CCUCUCUAAAUAGCAAUUCCUUUUUGGUUACUUGGUGAUAUCUGCUUCUGUGUCUCCUCAAAUUCUCAUUCUAUCGCCAGAUUGUGAAUUCAUCUUCGUGUUGUUACGAUCAAUACUUCACGUUUUCAAUCUUUUCGAAUACACAAAGCUUAGAAGUUUUCCAAAUUCCCUCUCUCUCUCUCUCUCUCUCUCUCUCUCUCUCUCUCUCUAGAACUUGCAGAGAAAAUGCUGGAGAAUUCAGAUAUGUUUGAAGCAAGUGGUUGCUUCGAUCCAAAUUCUGUAGCUCACCAUCAACAAGUGCUUAUUGAUCACCAAGGUGACAGUUUCCCACAACCCCAUGUCUCCAACUUCCACCAAAUUUCCAAUUUCUCCGCCAUUGAAGCACCUGCAGAUCAGCUUCAUCACCAACAUCUCAUGAACAUGGACAUGGAUCACCAAAACCACCAACAAAUCAACUGGGCUCAUAAUCCUCAUGAUCAGGUUCUUAUCGGGAACGAUAACAAUUGUUUGCCUACACCCACACCACCAGAUCUCCUUAAUCUCUUCCAGUUACCCAGAUGCUCUUCAUCAAUAUGCUUUUCCAACCCGACCCAUAUCGAUCAAACCUCGGGUCAAGUCAUGUUCGAUCCGCUAUUGCCUCACAAUCUCCCUCCACAGCCUCCAUUCUUCAGAGAGUUGCUGAAUUCUCUCCCAAACGGAUUCAAUUUGACUGGUUGUGGCUCCAUUUUUGGCGAGAUGGAUAUGGACAGAGGAGAACAGAAUCAACUGUAUCAUGACGGAGAUGCGGUUUUGGAGUUCGGUGGGGGAAUAAUUAAUGGAAAAGGGAGAGAAAACAAAGAUACAAAACAUUUUGCGACUGAGAAACAUAGAAGGCAACAAUUGAAUGGCAAGUUUGAGGCCUUGAAGGGAUUAGUCCCAAAUCCCACAAAGGCUGAUCGAGCAUCGGUGGUCGGAGAUGCCAUUGAAUACAUCAACGAACUCAAGAGAACUGUGGAAGAACUGAAGAUUUUGGUGGAGAGGAAGAGAUGCAACAGAGGUAGGAUGAAAAAGCACAAAACAGAAGACGAUUCGACUUUAGAUGUAGAGAGUAUUUACACAAAGAGCAAUGGAGGUGGCAGCGCCGGUGCCGGAGAUCAUGCUCAUGAUCAACAAACCUACAACGGCAAUUCAACUUCUACAAUGAGGAGCUCAUGGCUACAGAGAAAAUCCAAAAACACAGAGAUCGAUGUUCGAAUCAUUGAUGAUGAAGUUACAAUCAAAUUGGUGCAACAAAAGAGGAUCAACUGUUUGUUUCUUGUUUCAAAAGUUCUUCAUGAACUUCAACUGGAUCUUCAUCAUGUCGCUGGUGGACUCAUUGGUGAUUUCUACAGCUAUCUGUUCAAUACCAAGAUUUGUGAAGGGUCCUCUGUUUAUGCAAGUGCUAUAGCCAAUAAGCUAAUUGAGGUGGUGGACAAACAAUAUGCAACUAUCCCAGUCACUUCUAGCUACUAACACAAGAUUUAUGGUAGACCACAUGGGUUUAUGCUUGUUUGCUUUGAUACUAACUAUUGGGGGAAGACAUGAAGAGGGGGUAGAGAGGAGAGAAAUUGGGAUUUGAAAUUGACACUUAACUAUAUGAGUAACUUACAACAAAUCAAUUAACUAGAAUAAAAGCAGGGGUAAUUCUGGUAUUUGGAAUUAGACUUUUGGAAAUUGCAUGCCUAAAGGCAACCA